CCGGAGCCACCAGCUCAGCCUCGGCUUCUCUGUCUCCUGCCUGGACCUUCUGCUCCUGCUCCCACUCCUUCCAGAGUGCAUGGGAGCCGAGGGCAGGCUGGCACACAAGCUGUUCCGAGACCUCUUUGCCAACUACACAAGUGCCCUGAGACCUGUGGCAGAUACAGACCAUGCUCUGAACGUGACCCUGGAGGUGACGUUGUCCCAGAUCAUUGACAUGGAUGAGCGUAACCAGGUGCUGACCCUGUACCUGUGGAUCCGACAGGAGUGGACAGAUGCCUACCUGCGAUGGGAUCCCGAUGCCUAUGGGGGCCUGGAUGCCAUCCGAAUCCCCAGCAGUCUAGUGUGGCGGCCUGACAUCGUACUCUAUAACAAACAACACAAGGCUCUGUAUAUUUUCCCCGAAGCCCCUCUAAGAGCUUUGCAGAUGACACUAAAGGAAAGUCAAUGUGUGCCGCCGCCAACUUUGGGGCUAGAUCUGUGUCCCUUCUGGGCCCUUGAGGCGCUGGCCCUUCUAGGCCUCCAAAUGCACAGAGGGCCCUUUCCAACGCUCCCUCAGCCCUCUGUGCCACCCCCGCCCCUCCAGGGGUCAGCCCUUGCCUCCACGCAGCACCAGCUGGACGUGCGGCCGCGCGGCGCCGCCGCCAGCCUGGCUGACUUCGUGGAGAACGUGGAGUGGCGCGUGCUGGGUAUGCCGGCGCGGCGGCGCGUGCUGACCUACGGCUGCUGCUCCGAACCCUACCCAGACGUGACCUUCACGCUGCUGCUGCGCCGCCGCGCCGCGGCCUACGUGUGCAACCUGCUGCUGCCCUGCGUGCUCAUCUCGCUGCUGGCGCCGCUGGCCUUCCACCUACCCGCCGACUCUGGCGAGAAGGUGUCGCUCGGUGUCACCGUGCUGCUGGCGCUCACCGUCUUCCAGCUGCUCCUGGCCGAGAGCAUGCCGCCAGCCGAGAGCGUGCCCCUCAUAGGAAAGUACUACAUGGCCACCAUGACCAUGGUCACCUUCUCCACAGCGCUCACCAUCCUUAUCAUGAACCUGCAUUACUGUGGUCCCAGUGCCCGCCCAGUGCCAGCCUGGGCUCGGGCCCUCUUGCUGGGACACCUGGCACGGGGCCUGUGCGUGAGGGAACGAGGGGAGCCCUGUGGGCAGUCUAGACCACCUGAGUCACCCCCUAGUCCCCAGCCUCCUGAUGGAGGGGCUGGUCCCCCAGCAGGCCCUUGCCAUGAGCCACGAUGUCUGUGCCGCCAGGAAGCCCUACUGCACCACGUAGCCACCAUCGCCAACAGCUUCCACAGCCACCGGGCUGCCCAGCACCGCCAUGAGGACUGGAAGCGUUUGGCCCGUGUGAUGGACCGUUUCUUCCUGGGCAUCUUCUUCUCCAUGGCCCUGGUCAUGAGCCUUCUGGUGCUGGUGCAGGCCCUGUGA